UUGCGUAUUCGCAUGAAAGUGACAGAGUGCGACGCAGUUUCAUCACACCACGAUAGAGGCUACGUAUUAUUAUCUCGCAUCAUUGGGACAAGCAACCCAGCCCAAUCACCUCUGCUCCAAUGGCCCCUGACCUCUAAAUGAUUUAAGAAUAUAUCGUGUGCCACUUUUGACGCGGAUCUUCUCAGAAGCCGUGCAGCAAGUGGGAGCCGGCAUCGAGGAAAGCCCAGCCAAGAAUGUAACCUUAGAGAGUGUCCAUAUAAAUGUUUACACGCGAUAACUCUCACUUUCAUUUGAACUGUAUGAGUACGUGCCACAGGUGGGAUGCGUUUGUUGGUGAUCGCCGUCGCGCUACUUUUGGUGCUCAACUCCAGUCACGCCUUUUGUUGGAUACUCUCCGCAAUCUUCCACCCUCGCGACACCAACACCACCCUUGCCAUUGGGGAGGAAUCCAACUCCACCGCGGACACAUCUUUUAUAGAGGAAACUGAGACCACAACUACUGAAAUAGUGAGUGCAACCGAGCAGGCAGUGAACAAUGAGUCUACCACGAGCAUGUUAGACAUUUUCAAAAAGGAGUUUUCGGGAAAAGUGAAGAUAAGUGACGAUUUUCAAAAUCUGGACGUAGACAACACCAUCGAUUCGGGCGGUCGGCGCAGGAAAAUGAUGGUUAUGGCUCCUGGCAGGCGGUGCAACAAGACGAACGAAAGGAGAGACAGAACGGGCCGCUGCAGACCAUACUUGCGUGACUGACACCUCUUUGUUGGAAAUCCCAAUUUUGUGAUAUUCAAACGGGAAGACCGCGUGAAGUACAGCGAUUGUUGAAAAGUGUGGCAACCGGUUUCGUCCGGAGUAAUCUGUUACGGCUGCUCGGACAUUGGCUGCAAAACAAGCAGCUCCCAUUGACGACCUUUGCCUUUGACGAGCCAGUCAUCAUGCGAGCGACCGUGUUGAUGCUUCUCACGCUCUCGGCGGCCGCGCUGGCCGCCGACGACUCGUUCGUUUUUGCGGACUCGUCAGAGCGGUACACAAAGGCCCCGGUCAUCCACACCAGACAACUGCAGACCAGGACGACCCCUCGGACUCGAAAAUACAGCAACGACGUUGACUCGAUACUGAUGCCGGAUCAGGUCACGAAAAGACCUACUGCGACAACUGCUAGGUCUUCUGUGAUGACUUCAAGUUACCACAAGCAACGAACAAGCACGACGAAGGUGACCAGGGUUCAUAGCUCGACGACGCCAGCACCGUUGAUUACUUCAGUGAUGCCAGAGCAGAACACAACUGAAGAGGUACUAGUGGACAAGAGGGUGAUGGCGAAUGCGCCAAACAGAGACUGUGGUAAAGGACAAAUGAGACGGAACGGUGUGUGCAGAAAAAUCCUUCACUGAAAUUUAUGGACUGGCAGUUUAAAGACGUAUAUUUAGUUUCAAAGAUGCGGAUGUAUAUAAAAAUAAUUAAUAAUAAAUGUGAAUCACCUUUUUUUAUUUAUAACACCAAAUUAUCUUGUAUUUAAAAAAUAUGCUGUUUAUAUUAAUCAAUAACUGUAUUGACAGAAUAAUUCGUGAUGAUUUUUGGAAUAAAAAUGCUAUAGAAUUAAAAAUAA